UGCCCGAACAGACUGACCGAAACCGACACGAGCUGCUUGCGCGUACCGGCCGACCGCCAGGGAGUCUGUGAGGAUGAUGUUUGAGGCAUUGCAGCGGUGGGUACGCGAGUGUGUACUGGAGGUCGAACAGGCGGGAGGGGGCGGAGGGGGAGGGGAGGUAUGGUGAUGAGGUGGCGGAGUUUGGAGUGAGGGUGGAUUUCGAGGUGCCGGUGAUCGAGAGGUGUAGGAUGUGUAGGGAGAAGGGGGGAGGGGUUUGUGGGUAUGAUGUGCACAGCGGGGAGUUUUUGUGUUUGUGUGAGCAGGGAGGGAACGUGACUACUUAUUGCGGAGACAAGUCAUUACAGCAUAGAACGCCUGCAACAGUAAUUGCAGGGACUACAACCGUUGUUUCUGUUGCUGGCUUGGCGAGUGCUGGAGUUCUAGUAUGGUAUUUAAGAAAGAUGAGACCAAAUAAAGUGGUUACUUGCGGAGUUCAAACUACUGAAAAUAGGCUUUUCUAACAAAAAUUUUAUUAUUUAUUUAUUUUUUGUCGGAACUAGAUUUUUAUUUUAGAAGUACCUUCGCACCUUCAAUUAUACGAGAUUUUUAUACUGUUGCAUGUAUUUUGUCGAUUUAAUAGCGGUGAAUAGAAAAGUAGUCAAUAUAUGGUAACAUAU